AGCCCGGCCCCACCGAGCCCGAGGAGGAGAUUCUGGGCUCUGAUGAUGAGGAGCAAGAGGAUCCCGCCGAUUACUGCAAAGGAGGCUAUCAUCCAGUGAAAAUUGGCGAUCUCUUCAAUGGCCGAUAUCAUGUUAUUAGAAAAUUAGGAUGGGGACACUUCUCUACAGUCUGGCUAUGCUGGGAUAUGCAGGGGAAAAGAUUUGUUGCAAUGAAAGUUGUAAAAAGUGCCCAGCACUAUACAGAGACAGCCUUGGAUGAAAUAAAGUUGCUCAAAUGUGUUCGUGAAAGCGACCCCAAUGAUCCUAACAAAGAUAUGGUUGUACAGCUGAUCGAUGACUUCAAAAUUUCUGGAUUGAAUGGAAUACAUGUCUGUAUGGUCUUUGAGGUACUUGGGCAUCACCUCUUAAAAUGGAUAAUCAAGUCCAAUUAUCAAGGCCUUCCCAUCCGUUGCGUAAAAAGUAUAAUUCGACAGGUACUUCAAGGUCUAGAUUAUCUACACAGCAAGUGCAAGAUAAUUCAUACAGACAUAAAGCCAGAGAACAUUUUGAUGUGUGUGGAUGAUGCCUAUGUUCGUAGAAUGGCUGCUGAAGCUACCGAGUGGCAGAAAGCUGGUGCUCCUCCUCCUUCCGGCUCCGCAGUGAGCACAGCUCCACAACAAAAGCCUAUCGGGAAAAUAUCCAAAAACAAAAAGAAAAAACUGAAGAAAAAACAGAAGAGGCAAGCUGAGCUAUUAGAAAAACGCCUGCAGGAAAUAGAAGAACUAGAGCGAGAAGCUGAAAGGAAAAAAAUAGAGGAAAAUGUAACCCCAGCUGUGCCAUCAAAUGAGCAAGAAGAUGAGUACCACCCAGAGGUGAAACUAAAAACAGCCGAUCUAGAAGAGGUAGUAGAUGAAGAACCUGGCAAUGAGGAUGGUGAAGCAGAAGAUCAGGAUGAAAAAGAAGACACAGAGAAAGAAAACACUGAAAAAGAUGACGAUGUUGAACAGGAACUUGUCAACCCUGAUCCUACAGACCCUAAGUGGAUAGAAUCCCCUAAAACAAAUGGCCAUAUUGUGAAUGGCCCCUUCCUAUUGGAACAGCAGAUUGAAGAUGAAGAUGAGGAAGAGGAAGAGUGUCCAAAUCCAGAGGAGUAUAAUCUUGAUGAGCCAAAUACAAAAAGUGAUUACUCUUAUAGCAGCUCCUAUGAACAAUUUAAUGGUGAAUUGCCAAAUGGACGUCAUAAAAUUCCUGAGUCACAGUUCUCUGAAUUUUCAGCCUCAGUGUUUUCUGGGGCUCUGGAGUCUGUAGCUUGUGGUUCUGCUGUUUCUGAAGGAUCAACUGUAACUGAAAGAGAGGAGAGCAGCCCAUCUCAUGACAGGAGCAGAACGGUUUCAGCUUCAAGCACUGGGGAUUUGCCUAAAACAAAAACUCGUGCUGCUGACUUACUGGUGAAUCCUCUGGACCCAAGAAAUGCAGAUAAAAUUAGAGUUAAAAUUGCUGACCUGGGGAACGCCUGCUGGGUGCAUAAACACUUCACAGAAGACAUCCAGACAAGACAAUAUAGAUCCAUAGAGGUUUUAAUAGGAGCAGGUUACAGUACACCUGCUGAUAUCUGGAGUACAGCGUGUAUGGCAUUUGAGCUAGCAACUGGAGAUUAUUUGUUUGAACCACAUUCUGGUGAAGACUAUUCCAGGGACGAAGACCACAUAGCACACAUCAUAGAGCUGCUAGGCAAUAUCCCAAGGCACUUUGCUCUAUCUGGAAAAUAUUCUCGGGAAUUCUUCAAUCGCAGAGACCACAUAGCAUUGAUCAUUGAACUGCUGGGAAAAAUCCCUCGAAAAUACGCUAUGUUGGGGAAAUAUUCCAAGGAGUUUUUCACCAAAAAAGGGGAGCUGCGGCACAUCACCAAGCUGAAGCCCUGGAGCCUCUUCGACGUGCUCGUGGAGAAGUACGGCUGGCCCCACGAGGACGCCGCGCAGUUUACGGAUUUCCUCAUCCCCAUGCUCGAGAUGGUCCCCGAGAAGCGCGCGUCGGCUGGCGAAUGCCUUCGGCACCCCUGGCUCAACUCGUAG